UCCUCUUUCGGGAAACACCAACUUAUUCUGAAGAAAAGGAGCGGGGGGUGUGUUAACGGGUAGGUUUUUUCCCCCCCCCCCCCCCCCCCCCCCAUUACAAACCUUAACAAUCAAUAAUAAAAGGCGUUAGAUUUUCUAGAGUUUUUGUUUUUUGGAAAAUUGAUUAAGUUGUAAUUUUGAAAAAUAAUGAAUAUUAUUAUUUGUGACUUGAUUAAUAUAUAUGACAGUAUGUAAGAUUUGCUGUUGAUAUCAUAGAUAUGUAAAACACACUUAUUUAUCAAUUAAUUCAAUGAUUAUAAUAAUAAGAAUGAUAAAUUAAGAAAAACAAAUUAAAAAGAAAUAAAAAAUAAUGAGCGAAUAGCAACAAUGCAAACAAAAAAUAGGGCGCUCAUAGAAAAAAUUUAAAAAAAACUUCUGUUCGAAAUGCAGAAAUUAGAAAGGUUCUUACUCUUGUGAUUGAUUAUCCUGCAAAACAACUAUAGUCUAAGAGAGAUUUUUCAGUUUACGUAUUUUUUAUUAGUUGAAUGAGGCUAGAGAGCAUAUGUGAGUUUCACAUUUUGGCGCCAAAGGGACUGCGCUGACAAGCUUUUUUGAACUGAUUCGCAUCAAGAGAAAAUUAACUACUUAAUAUAAUAAAAAGAAAGAAAACUUCUUUGACAUUAUUAUAGUGAAUAGUACUAUUAAAACCACAUUUGUUUAUUAGUUUUGUUUCAAACUAAUCAUUGUUCUUCGAUAUUCAAAAUAAAAUGUUCCUAUUUAAAACUUCCGUGAAAUUUCGAAAGUUUGAUGAAAAGUAAAAAUCGACAAAAUUUCAUGUUGUUGAUCGGCAACUGUAAUGAUAAUUGAAACAUUUUUCUAUUUUAUAAUAGUAUUGUACUUUUUUAUAAGUCCAUUAAUAUACGAUGACAGAUGAAUACUUUCAAUUAUGACGAUCAUCAUAGUUCUUUCUCUUCACCUUCAUCUCUUAUGGACAAGAAGGAGAAGAAAGAAUGAAAGCAAGAAAAAGAAAAUGUCUACAGUAUAGCAAUACCACCGUACAAAAAUUCAAGUACUGUUUUUUUUCUUUAAAAGUCAUGCAUUGAAAGCAAAUAUGUGAGGACAAAAUACGAACAGAAUUGUCAUGUUUCUUCUGGCCUAAUCAAUACAGAAAGCAAUGAACUGAGUUCUAAUCCUGACUGCAGUCUUGAACAUUUAUUUUGUUUCAGAGAUCUGAGCUUCAAACCGAGCCCAUAUUCCUUUCAUUAAUUUUCCUAACAAUUCAAAUUUUAAUGAAAAAUAUCCAACUCGUAGUACUUCGCAGGAUGACAUAGUGUUUAGCAAUAUUUUUUUAUCAUUAAAAAGUACUUAUCAGUAGGAUGUAUUUAGAUGACACUAUAGUAAGCAUGUUCUGCUUAGCACUACCUUAUUCUUUUGGGCACUAAGUCUUAAUGAUGAUGCAUGCUGCUAAACACUAUGGAUUGUAUCAAAUUUUCAUAGGAUUCAGGAUUUUCCGAAAAAUUAAUGAAAGGAAUUUGAGCCAAGGCAAAAAAUCAUGUAAUUCCUCUGUUUUAAUAAGUUCUCAAAAUGCAAAUCAAUCAUCUGAACUUACAAAAGCGAUAUCGUUGCCAAUAGCUUUUUCAUCAAAUAUACAAUCGAACCAAAAACCACUUCAACCACCAAUAUCCACUGUAAAUAGUAAAGAUGUUGUGAUCGAUCUAGAUGUUGCACCAAAGUCAACAAAUAGACGCUCAUCACAACAGGUAAACAUGUUCUCAGACGAGAUCAAUAAUAAACCAAUGACUUUUUAAAUCUAUCUUGUGUCACAGAUCCUCAGAAAUGAAUCGUCGAUUCCAAAUGCAAUCAAAACUUCAUUGUUAUCGAUGUGAGAUAACUUUUCUUUCUUGUAAAACUGAAGAGUAAUAUUCUAAUUGGUAUUUUAUUGUUUAGAAUUCCUAUCUAUCGACUAGUAUCAUUACGGUAAUUGUUGCUGUAGUCUUUAAAUAAAAAUAACUUACAUCUACUUUUAAUUAUUUUGUUUUUGCGUAUAUUCAGGCGACAUUCAAUUAAUGUGAACGAGCAAAAUGUAUAUGAUUACGCUGAACAUCAUUUGCAAGAGCUGCUCAAUGAAAAAAUACCGACUCGCGAUUAUCAUAGUUUUCGCAAACACUUUAAUGGUGACAUAAGUGACAAGAAAUUUACAAUAAAACAAUUUUAUGAACUGUUUCAAUUGACGAAGACACAUGGAGAACGUUUGCUUGAUAUAUUUGAAGACACAUCAUGUAUUCAAGCAGAUUCAAUUGAUGGUAAGCGUAUUAUUCGUAUUGCUCGUGUACUUUCCAUGGCGCCAAUAUCAGUCAAAGCGCUCAUUCUAUUCAAAACAUUCGAUCGUAACGGUGAUAAACAUGUGUCUGUUGAAGAAAUAAAGGAAUUUUAUGAAACUUAUCUCAUUGAAUUUCGUUUUCCUCAUGAUUCUUCACGUCGUCAAGAAUUAAUCGAUACAUUCCUUCAAGCAUUUCGAAUGCACAAUGCUAAUUCUCAAAUGAAUUUCGAGCGAUUUUAUACAAUUUUUCAAGAAACACCACACUUAUUAGAAUCUCUUCAACUUAUCAACAUUCCAAAUAAUGAUGAUCAAAUUGAUAAAUUAAAAUGCCAAGCAUGUCGAAAAAACAACAAAUGUCAUAUUCUCAUUAUUCUUCUAUACAUACUAGCCACAAUUGGUUUAGAUAUUUCUGUGAUAAUUGAAUUGGUCGUUAAGGAACAAAAUCGAAAUGUUUUUCUCGUUCUUGCACAUAUUGCUGGAUGUUCAAUCAAAUUCAAUUUUGUCCUUUCGAUUAUACUCAUGCUCAAGCAUUGUAUGGUAUUAAUACGAGCACUUCGAUGGUUGAGACGCUUUCUACCUGUGGAUGAUCAUAUUGAUGCUCAUCGCUAUGUCGGAGGUGCAUUGGUAUUCUACACUGUAGUUCAUUCAUUAGCUCAUGUCAUAAACUACGCUGCAAAUGCUCAAGGCAUUACUCCAUAUGCAAGUGCUCUCGAAAGUUUGAUGCACUAUUUUCGAAAACAACAAACAAUUUGUGAGCAUUGUCGUCAUGUGAAUUACAAUCAUGAUGCUAUUCAACAACGUAAAUUACAAAAAGUAGAUUUUAUUUGGGUAAAUCGUGAUGUCGAGAAUUUUUCUUGGUUUUUUCAAUUAUUGAAUGACUUCGAAAAUGAACAAUUAACUUAUCUUGAAACAUUACGAGCCAAUAAUGUCACUCCAAAACGUUAUAUUGACUUUCAUUUCUAUUUCACAUCAUUGAAAAGUAACAAUCAACGAAUGAUUGGAUGUGCUCCUUUUGAUUUUGCCGUUAAAGUCUAUGAGCAUGUAUCAAGUUGUGACGUUCUCACGAAAAUGAAAACAAAAACAAUUUUAGGUCGACCACAAUGGUCAUUGUUAUUUGCCGAAUUUAAAGCUGAACAUAAAAAAACAAGUGUCUUCUUUACAGGCAAACCUGUCAUGGGCGAUGAGAUCAAACGUUGGUGUGAUCAAUAUCAAUUCUUGUACUAUCAUGAACCAUACUUUUAA